GAGACAAACUGUCAAAUUCACUUGUCAGAUUUGAUUGAAAACAAAAUAAAAUAAAUAAGAAAAACUGUCUGUGAAGGUAUACAAAAAGUGUGACGUGACGGCAGUUAAACGAUCUGGCCAUGUAUGCGGCCGUGAAGCCCCUUUCGAAGUAUCUGCGCCAGAAGACGGUGCGCAUAUACGACCCGAUAUUCACACUGCACUCCAAGUGCACCAUCGUCAUCCUGCUGACCUGCACGAUCCUGCUGUCGGCCAAGCAGUACUUCGGCGAGCCCAUCCUGUGCAUCAGCACCAGCAGCCACAAGGAGUACAUCCAGUCCUACUGCUGGACCAUGGGCACCUACAUCCUGCCCACCGAGACGAACAUCAGCACGGGCCUCUACUUGGGCGGCCUGCCCGCGGCGACGGACCGCAAUCGGAGCGGUCUGCACGGCCUGAUGGCCAGAGAUGUGCAGAUGUUCGCACGCAUCAUUGCGAUAGCGGAGGGCGUCGGUCCCGAGAAGCGGGGCGUCACGAAGCGCCUCUAUUUGCGUUACUAUCAGUGGGUGUUCAUGAUCCUGCUGUUUCAGUCGCUGCUCUUCUACCUGCCCUCGUAUCUGUGGAAGGUGUGGGAGGGGCAUCGCAUGACGCAGCUGUGCUGUGAGGUGGGUGGCGCCAUCAUACUGGAGGACACCUAUCGCACUCGGCUGCAGAUGCUCACUAAAUACUUUCGGUCGAAAUUUUCCAGCAUCCACUGCUGCUAUGCCAUCAAGUAUACAUUCUGUGAGAUGCUCAAUCUGCUGAUAAGCAUACUAAACUUUUGGCUCAUGGAUGUGGUGUUCAAUGGGUUCUGGCAGAAGUAUAUACACGCAUUGGCCGCCAUACCCGUUUACGAUUGGCAACUGUGGAACAUGAUGACCUCGCGCGUCUUCCCCAAGGUGGCCAAGUGCGAGAUGUUUGUGUACGGGCCCAGCGGCAGUCCGAGUGUGCUCGACAUUCUCUGUGUCCUGCCGCUGAACAUACUCAACGAGAAGAUCUUCGCCGUGCUGUAUGUGUGGUUCCUGUUCAUCGCCCUGCUCUCCGGCCUGAACAUGCUGUAUCGCCUCAUACUCGUCUGCUGCUGCCAGCUGCGACUCCAGCUGCUGCGCACCCAUCUGCGCGGCAUGCCUAAGUCGCAUAUUCGCGAGGUUCUGUCCACCACCGGCUACGGCGACUGGUUCGUCCUAAUGGGCGUCAGCAUCAAUGUGAAUCCCACACUCUUCCGUGAACUGAUCGAACAGCUAUACACGGAACAAAUGGAGGAUCGUGCUGCAGUGUUGCAAGCAGCCGCAUCCAAAAGGGAUUCAACCACUGCCCACUGCACGCUGCUCAACAACAGCAACAGCAACAAUCCGCAGCAGCAUCGUUCGAUGGGUGCGGCCAGCCCCAGCCAUGCCCAGAGGGAUCCGUCUGUGCCCACACUCACACUAAUGGCGCCCACCAUGGACACGAUGGGCUCCAACAAUGAGAUUGUCAGCAUUGAUCGUUUCUGCGAGGAGAGUCAAGUUUAAGAUUAUUUCAAGCAUUCAUUUGAUUGGAUUUGAUCGGUGCAAAAAGCUUUUGGGCGCUUAUUUGCCUUUAAUAUUCUUUAUAUUUAUUAAUAAUUAAUAAUUGUAUUAAUAUUGUGCCAGAGU